AUGCUGCAUUCCCGUUCCAUAAAUUGUCAACUUGAUUUUGUGCUGUUGUCAGAGACUGGCAGUGAGGAUGACGGUCUUUUGGAUCUGAGUGAUGAUGAUUUUUUCCUUGCUGGGAGUUCUAGUGAUGAAGCAGAUGCAGAUGAUGAAUGGACAGACAAAAGCACAAGGGAGCAGGCUUCCAGUGCUUCUGGUAAAGGCGUGUCUGGCAUGUCCAGUGAUGAAAAAAAUCAGAGGCUGAUUUCUGCUAGAGCUUUGAUGCCUCCACCUCGUCUUUCAAACAUGAAGUUGUCAAGGUUUGGGUCAUCUUCUGGUCAAAAUUCAUCUAUGCAGAGAUCUGAGGUUUCUACAUUGAGCAACACAUCAAAUAGCAAAAGCAACUCAGACUUCAAAGUAAGGGGACCCUCAAGAUCAGGGACAGGUCAUGGUAGUAUUCUAAGUUCCAACUCUGAUGCUCACAAACCUCGGAGGAAGAGAAGACCCAAGAAGAAAAAGAAGCAG